GACACCACCUUGGCUCUUUGUUUCUUAGAGAAUACAAGAAGUUUGUCUUCCCAAAGUUAAACUAAACAAACUACUAUUAAUCUGAUUCUGUUGAAAAUAAUGAUAACCUCUCCUCUCAUAAUGACAGUUUCAGAGAGAGACGAGUUUAAGAGAACCAACCUUGAUGUUGAGGCUGGUUUAAAAAACCUGACUGAUGAGAGAGAUGACCUGAAGAGGAAGCUGAAUAACUUAGCUCAAAAAGGAUGGGAGUAUUUCAGCGGUAGUUUCUACUACAUUUCUUCUACCAAGAAAACCUGGAAACAGAGUAGAGAUGACUGUCUUCAAAAGGGUGCAGACCUGGUGAUUAUCAACAGCAAAGAAGAACAGAAUUUCACAAGAAAAUCUCAGAAGAUCAUGUGGAUUGGCCUGACUGACUCAGAGACAGAGGGGACGUGGAAAUGGGUGGAUGGGACUCCACUGACCAAAAGCUCCUGGGAUUCCGGGGAGCCUAACGGUGGGGAAAAUGAAAACUGUGUGGAAAUGAAGAAAUUUGAGUUAGAAAACAGCUGGAAUGAUCUAAGCUGUUCCACUCGACUCAACUGGAUCUGUGAAAUGAAAGACCGUCCAUAACUCUGUAACCAAACCCACCAGACAGAAAAUU